CGCGCCAGCUUCAGCACCGUCAGCUGUCCGCAGCUGGGCCGCCUGCAGGAGGUGCUGACUAUUCUGAUGCUGAAUUUCCAAUUGCCUUGACUAAAGUAGAAACUUUGUAUGGCUUGGAUGACUUACAUUUCACAUUGGUUUGAGCAAGAUGACUGGUAUGAAGGACUACAAAGAGCAAAUAUGUCCCAGGUAAGGCAAGUGGGAUUGCUGGCUGCUGGAUGUCAGCCAUGGAAUAAGGAUGUAUGUGCUGCCAGUGGAGACAGAUUUGCCUAUUGUGCGACUCUGGCUAUCUAUGUUUAUCAGUUGGAUCACCAUUAUAAUGAAUUCAAACUUCAUUCAAUUAUGUCUGAGCAUAAAAAAACAAUCACAGCAAUCUCUUGGUGCCCACAUAACCCUGACCUGUUUGCAAGUGGCAGUACCGAUAAUUUAGUGAUCAUUUGGAAUGUUGCAGAACAAAAAGUCAUUGCUAAACUCAACAAUACAAAAGGAAUACCUGCCUCUCUUAGCUGGUGUUGGAAUGCAGAUGAUGCUGUAGCAUUUGUUUCCUACCGAGGCCCACUGUUCGUUUGGACCAUUUCAGGGACAGACAGUGGAGUAAUUGUACACAGAGAUGCUCAUAGUUUUUUGUCUGAUGUCUGUAUGUUCAGAUGGCAUCCUCACAAAAAGGGGAAAAUUGUGUUUGGUCAUAUUGAUGGAAGUCUGUCAAUUUUCCAGCCAGGUAACAAAAAUCAGAAACAUGUUCUGAGACCUGAAUCUCUUGAAGACACAGAUGAAGAGGAUCCAGUCACGGCCUUGGAAUGGGAUCCACUAUCUACUGAUUAUCUACUUGUGGCUAAUUUGCAUUAUGGAAUUCGCCUAGUAGAUUCUGAAUCACUUUAUUGCAUAACCACAUUUAAUUUUCCAACUGCAGCAGCUUCUGUACAGUGCUUAGCCUGGGUUCCCAGUGCUCCUGGAAUGUUUAUAACUGGAGAUUCUCAAAUAGGUGUUUUGCGCAUUUGGAAUGUUUCAAGAACUACACCUAUUGAUAAUUUUAAAUUAAAGAAAACAGGAUUUCACUGCUUACAUGUGCUUAAUUCUCCUCCUAAGAAAAAAUUUUCAAUCCAGUCUCCAACCAAAAAUCAUUAUACAUCCUCAACAAGUGAAGCAGUUCCACCCCCAAGCUUGACCCAGAAUCAAGCAUUUUCUCUUCCUCCGGGUCAUGUUGUGUGCUGUUUCUUAGAUGGUGGAGUAGGACUUUAUGAUAUGGGAGCCAGGAAGUGGGAUUUUCUUAGGGAUUUGGGACAUGUGGAAACUAUCUUUGACUGUAAAUUCAAACCUGAUGACCCAAAUCUUUUAGCAACAGCUUCAUUUGAUGGCACUAUAAAAGUCUGGGAUAUAAACACAUUAACAGCUGUAUAUACUUCCCCGGGUAAUGAAGGAGUUAUUUAUUCCCUUUCUUGGGCACCAGGUAGUUUAAAUUGUAUUGCUGGGGCAACUUCCCGAAAUGGUGCUUUUAUUUGGGAUAUUCAAAGGGGCAAAGUGGUACAGCGAUUUAGUGAGCAUGGAAAAAGUGGAAUAUUCUGCAUUGCCUGGAGUCAUAAAGAUUCUAAAAGAAUAGCAGCCUGCAGUGGUGAUGGUUUCUGUAUUAUUCGAACAGUUGAUGGUAGAGUACUGCACAAAUACAAACAUCCAGCUGGAGUGUUUGGCUGUGACUGGAGCCAAAACAACAAGGACAUGAUAGCCACUGGUUGUGAAGACAAAAACGUUCGUGUUUAUUAUGUAGCCACCAGCUCAGAUCAACCAUUGAAAGUAUUUAGUGGACAUACAGCAAAAGUGUUUCAUGUUAAGUGGUCUCCUCUGAGGGAGGGAAUUCUUUGCAGCGGUUCUGAUGAUGGUUCUGUUCGAAUUUGGGAUUACACUCAAGAUGCUUGCAUAAAUGUUCUCAGUGGACACACUGCACCUGUGAGGGGCCUAAUGUGGAACACUGAGAUUCCAUAUCUACUCAUAUCUGGCAGUUGGGACUAUACUAUAAAGGCAUGGGACACUCGGGAAGGAACCUGUUUGGAUACUGUGUGUGAUCACGGUGCAGAUGUAUAUGGUUUAACAUGCCACCCAAGUCGCCCCUUCACUAUGGCUUCUUGCUCUCGUGAUUCUACAGUGAGACUCUGGUCAUUAACAUCUUUAAUUACUCCUUUACAAAUAAAUAUUCUGGCUGACACAUCUUGGGAAGAAAUUAUCGGGAACACUGAUUAUGCUGUCGAACAAGGUGCUCCCCCUCGGAUGUGUGGUAAAAUGUCAAGAGAUAUCAAGCAAGAAAUAGAAAAGCUAGCUGGUAAUCCUCGAGUGAAAAAACUAAGACGGUUUUCAGAAUGCUUAUCUCCUCCAGGUGGUAGUGACAAUUUGUGGAACUUGGUCUCUGUGAUAAAAGGGCAAGAUGAUAGCUUACUUCCUCAGAAUUACUGCAAAGGAAUAAUGCACUUGAAACAUCUGAUUAAAUUUAGUACUUCUGAAGCCCAAGAACUAACAACAGUCAAGAUGUCUAAGUUUGGUGGUGGUAUUGGUGUACCUACAAAAGAAGAAAGAUUAAAAGAAGCUGCCGAAAUACACUUGAGAUUAGGACAAAUUCAGAGAUAUUGUGAACUAAUGGUUGAACUCGGAGAGUGGGACAAAGCUCUAUCCGUUGCACCAGGGGUCUCUGUGAAAUACUGGAAGAAGUUAAUGCAGAGGAGAGCUGACCAGUUGAUCCAGGAAGAUAAGGAUGAUGUCAUUCCAUACUGCAUAGCUAUUGGUGAUGUGAAAAAACUAGUCACUUUUUUUAUGUCAAGAGGUCAACUUAAAGAAGCACUGCUUGUCGCACAGGCUGCAUGUGAGGGAAAUAUGCAAACCUUACAUGUUUCUACAUCUAAAGGAGCUUCACAUUCUGAUGAUAUCUACAAGGAAGAUUUUAAUGAACUUCUGCACAAAGUCAGUGAGGAAUUGGCAGAAUGGUAUUUUCAGGAUGGUCGGGCAGUGCAAGCUGCAUGCUGCCAUCUAGCGGUAGAUAAUGUUGAGCUUGCUAUGGCAUACCUAAUUCGUGGAAAUGAACUGGAGUUGGCAGUCUCAGUGGGCACAGCACUAGGAGAACCUGCAGAACCAGCAACCCACUAUGCCUUAGAAUUACUGGCGAGAAAAUGCAUGAUGAUUCCAACAUGGAAUUUGGCAGCUGAUCUUCUCCUGAUGAUUCCUAAUAAUGAACUACAUUUAGUAAAACUCUGUGCUUUCUACCCUGGGUGUACUGAGGAAAUAAAUGAUCUUCAUGAGAAGUGCAAGCUACCCAUGGUAAAAGAAUGUAUGCAGUUAGCUGAGACAGCCCAUGCAGAUGGCAAUGUGUUUGAAGCUAUAAAAUAUUAUUUACUCUGUCAAGAACCUGAAAAAGCCCUUCCUAUUGGUGUUGGCUUUGUUAAAGACUGCAUCAGUAAUUCAGAUUGGACCUUGGAUACCAUUUACCCUGUUCUUGACCUAUUAAGUUACAUGCGUACUGAAAAAUUGCUCUUGCAUACAUGUACUGAAGCACGAAAUGAGUUACUCAUAUUAUGUGGUUAUAUUGGUGCUUUAUUGGCUAUCAAGAGAGAGUACCAAAGCAUUGUUCCAGCACUUUAUGAGUACACAAGUCAGCUAUUAAAACGUCGAGAAGUAUCAGUACCUUUAAAAAUGGAAAACCUUUCUGAGGAAUUGGAUGCUUGGAGAGCUUGCACACAGUUCACCAACCGAUCAUCAGAAGAAUCUCCAUGUACACCCCCUUCCGAUUUACAAAGAAUGGUUUAUGCAACUUUGUUAAAGAGAUUAAAAGAAGAGCCACUAAAAAGAAUUAUUGGACCAGAUUAUGUGACUGGAUCAAAUCUUCCAAGUCAUUCUGAUGUUCACAUCUCUUGUCUUACAGGAUUAAAAAUCCAGUAAUACUUCUGGGAAGGUAACACAAGUGGCUCCAAUCUACCCACCAUCCACACACCAACGAGGAUACUAUGCAAAAGACAACACUGACCACUGUCUAGACGGCAUGGAGAGUGAAUCACAGUUAUCCAGCUUCCCCCAAAGGAUGUGUAUUCUGACACAUUCCCAUCCUCUUGAGUUACGUGAGUUGAUAUUUGAACUUGUAUCACCAAAAGUUUACUUGAAUAAAUUGGCAAAUAUUUUUUCCUAUACUAACUUGUGCUUUUAUUAAAAAGAAUGAAUUAAAAGCCACUUCACUACUAAUAAACCAUUCUACUGCUAGCCUAAGAGAAGCCUUUUCCCAACAAGCCAGCGACAGAAUGCAGACAGAGGCCCGAGGCAGGCUCUUCUUUCACCUGUGCUCAAGAUGAGUCUCAUUGGGUUUGAAACAACUCAGCUUUUUCCAAGGAAAACGUACCUGGAUUCAAUUUUCUGCUUAAUUUUCUUUGCAACAUUUGUAAUACUAAGAGGAACUCUACUUUAAGUUCAUUGCUGA